UUGACUGCUGCCGUCGCGAUGUGUUUGGAUAUACGAUCCAUACUUAAACACCUCUGUUUGAUGGCGAUCGUUGGUUGGACGUCCACCAUCACACAAGGCAAGCAACACAGGGUAAAGACGUGUCGAGAUCCCCCUCCCAUGGAAGCGUCGUUCUACAUGCUGCGGGAGUUCCACGAAGGCCUCGACUUGGACAUCAGUAGAGAGAAACAGGUGCUCUUGUACGGAGCCAGAAGUUGCAAACAAUCACUUCGGACAGCCCGGGACAAGGGCAAUGGGUCAUUUCCACUCUGUCCAGUCUUCUACAAACUCAACUAUGACUCCGGCCGCGUACCGGAACUGAUCGCAGAGGCGAAAUGCGCAUGCGUUGCCUGCGGGGGAACAUACACUGGCCAUUGCGCCGCCAUAUUCUAUUAUCGGCCUGUGUUGGAGCUGGUCGAGGCAAGGGGAUGCUACAGGCGGGUUGUGAGGCGGUUUCAGAAUGGCUGCGUGUGCAGGAGUCCAUCCAGAAGUAGACUGAACAGAAGGAAGCCCCCUCGCAAGAGAAACAAGGCGUAAUCUUAACAUCGUGUGCGUCUCUUACGAGCCAUGCUUUGGAGGUGCUGAUCUUUGGAACUCUUGUC